AGCACCAUCGUUAGCUCAAGGCAACAUCACUUGCGUUAGCAAUUAUACGGAUUGGUACUCGAGCAUCGUCGGCGAGUCACCAUGUAUGACAUACUACCGUCUUAGAUCGAUCUGCAACCCUAUGUAUUCGGUUCCGAGUUUCAGCCCCAAUCCACCUGGAGACCACUGUGAUGAUCAAGUAGGCGUGGGAUUUUCCGGGCAACAUGGGAUAGACGCGCCAAACGAUGGCUCGUACCAGUCGUACCUUGUUGACAUCAGCCAAAACAACAACACAUGUGCACCAAACAUGAACCAAAGUUUGCCAGUCAAUGUCCAGGAUGCAACAUGUAACCGAGGUAUGAAACUCAUGGACAUUCUGUACGAAGAGUACUGGACUGCAGGCACAUGGUACUAUGUUUGGACAGAGGAAACGGCAACGACAGAGAACAACACAGCCGGCUCGGACAGGAAUGCGAUGUUUAACUCACAGGGAUGCUCGACAGCCACCAGCAGCCCUUCGAUACCAAUAUCAACUGAAUCCAGCGCUGAAUCCUCUACUCCUUCAAGCUCUUCAACAAAAUCUGGAGCUAGCAAUGCCACUCCAGGAACAACUACUGGCACUGUAGUAGGUGGCGUCGUCGGUGGCGUAGCAGGACUGGCAAUAUUAGCGGGGAUAUGGGCUGUCAUAUGGAAGAAACGUGUAAGGGGUGCUGCGUUCAGAGAUGCAUAUCUUGCGACUAUGAAUGGUGCUGAUGGAAGGCCGCCCAUGGCUAUGAGGCAGGCGAAUGGUUAUCCCGCAGCUGAAUUGGAGAAUGAAGGUAGUGCCUUCAACGGCUCCGGGAAUAGCAUAGGUCCACAUGCAGCCACAAGUCCGUCGCUCCCAAUGGGUCAGUCUCAAGCUUUGCUGCAACGGGGACAGACUCCGCGACCACCUCCUUCAUACAAUACAGAAUGGAUCAGACGUGCUGCGGAUUCUCAUGUGCAGGAUUUCCCAGAAAGUGUCCGGGAAUCUUCCACUGUCAUGUAGAUGUCGUUUCUCAUAGCGCUAGUGCGUCUGGCAACUAUUUUAGAUGUGAACGACCAG